AUGGCCAUACUUGUUGUUGGCCAAAGUUAUGCGUUAGGAAAAUUGUUGACUCACUCUAUACCAAGGUUGAUAGUGUGUAGGAGAAUCAAUCUGCUUCCAAAACUAACCCGUACAUAUUCGUCCGCUAAAGAUCAUCAUGCAUUGACAUUAAAUACAUCGCCGAUUGAAUUUGUUUCCAAUAUCUCGGCAGACAAAGUCAAAAAUUCUGGGAGGGCAAUUGCUGAUUCAGCACGCAAAGCGUUGAGCUGUACCGAUGAUAUUUCACAUAAAAAUGUGCCCUUCGAAGUGAAGAUGGUCGAUCCUCUGAAACGUAAAGCUUCGAAAGCGACUAAAGUGACACCCGAAAGCCAAGCAUAUAUUAGAAAGAAUUUGAUCAAGCCUUAUAUCCAGCUUAGUAAGCCCAGAUUGACGGUAUUGGUUAUGCUCAGUGCUAUAUGCUCCUACGCACUUUCACCAUAUCCUGCCACUGUAUCAGAGUUGUUAUCCUUAACAGUGGGCACCGCAUUAUGUUCAACAUCUGCAAAUGCAAUCAAUAUGGGGAGAGAACCUGAUUUUGAUCGGCGAAUGGUAAGGACACAGGCGAGACCUGUUGUGCGUGGGCUUGUUACCCCAAAACAAGCCUAUAAAUUUGCAACCGUCGCAGGCACACUGGGAACAUUUAUUCUAUACUUUGGCGUAAAUUCGACUGUUGCUGUGUUGGGUGCUACGGAUAUUGCCCUGUAUGCGUGGCUCUAUACAUCACUUAAGAGGAAGAAUAUUAUUAAUACAUGGGUAGGCGCUAUUGUAGGGGCAAUCCCUCCAUUAAUGGGCUGGGCCGCGGCUAGUCCCUUGACUCACCCUGGUGGCUGGUGUCUUGCUGGAUUUCUGUACGCUUGGCAAUUUCCUCAUUUUAACACACUAAGUCACAACAUCAGGAAUGAAUACAAGAACGCUGGAUAUGUUAUGACUUGUUGGAAAAACCCAAAGCUUAACGCUCGAGUAGCUUUUAGAUAUUCUUUACUCAUGUUUCUGCUAUGUUUUGGGCUAUCAUAUUUCGAUGUCACAGAUUGGUACUACCAAAUCGAUUCCGCGAUAGUCAAUGGCUGGAUGUCAUUUUGGGCCUUUAAGUUUUGGUGGCAGCAAAGAUCAAAUUACUCGGAAAAAGUGCUCAAAGAUAGGGUCAAGUUUAACAAAGGUCUUGCAUUAGCGAAUAUAUAUGCCCGAAAAACCUUUUGGGUCAGUGUCCUUCACCUUCCGGCGGUUUUGAUAUUGGCUAUCUUACAUAAGAAAGGCCGUUGGGAUUGGCUAUUUGAUAAAAAGGAUGAGGAAAAGAUGAGCAUAUAA